AUGGUAUCCUCGUCGUCUCAUUUAUUUUCGACAGACCGGCAUUCCAAUAGCAGUUCGCUAGUUUACACGAACUUGAUCAAGUGGUAUAAAUAUGGCGAAACGCUGAGCAGAAGUCCACACCAGGAUGUAGGCUUGAACACCCGUUGGUUAGUGCGGCACGGUGUAGGCACGACGAUUGCUGGUGAGAUCUUCCAGCAGGACCGGUGGAUGAACGACUCCGACGAAGAGUCGAAUGAACCCAACAAACGUGCGGUGGACACGCAGGAUCUUACACAACGGAACAGUGAUGAAUCGCAGGCGGAGAAAACACCCGACCAAAAGGAGGAGUGA